UCAGGGUCAUCUGCAGUAUGGAGGCCAGCACAAUUUGCAGAGAGACCAAAGGCAACCCUGCGUAUGACAACUCAAGAGAAACUCUUUCACUUUGGGGACACAGUGAAUCUGGAAUGCAGAAUUAAGAGUGGCCUUCCCAACUGGACAUUUCGCUGGUUCUUUGGGAACCAGACAGAAAAAGGGAAACAGAUCGAAGGCGAAACUGAAGACAAUUACAAUAUUCCCUAUGUAACGGAGUUGGACAGUGGAGUAUACCGGUGUGAUGCCUAUGUAGCCGAUUCUUAUAAUUCCUCACAAACCAGCAAUGUGAUCACACUGAGGAUUCAGGAAAGACCAAACGCCAUCUUGAUACUCAGAAAUCAAACGAACCUCAUCUCAAUUGGAGACACAGUGACUCUGGACUGCAGCAUUGAUGGCGGGUUUACAGGGUGGCAGUAUCGCUGGUACAAAUUUGGUUCAAACAAUGAUUGGGAAAAGUUUAUAGAAUCCAGUGGAUCCACCUACACAAUCAAAUCUAUAAGUCACGCUGACAAUGGAGAGUAUCUGUGCGAUGCCAUAAAUGAGACCCCACCUUGUGGUUCACAGGCCAGCAAUACCAUCACAGUGAACGUCAAGGAUGUUGGGGGUGAGUAUGUCAUUUCAUAA